GCAUACUUUCCAAAAACAGAGAGAUAAACGAUCUAAACCAAAGGAAAUACCAAAAAUGGGUUGUAAUUGGUCUGCCGAGGAUGCCACCAAGGCUAGCUUAUCUCCGAACCAUGAAAAUGGGGAAAAGAGGUAAAGAACCUGAUGUAUCCGAGUUCAUAUCUGCCAACAAUGCCCAAAUGAUGGUGAUGGUAUGUUCUGGCGUUGCCGGAUCCACUACGUUAGCGCUGGUGGCUGCAGCUUGCCAGACAGGCGGCCGUAUAGUAUGUAUCUUCCCCUGUUUUGAGUACUCUACCGCCUCAGAAAAGGCUUUAGGCAGCUACGCAGACGGUGUCAAGUUUGUGGUUGGAGAUGCGAAGACCCUUCUGCGAGGAGAUUACAAAGGCACAGACUUUGCACUCAUUGACUGCAACGUCACGGAUCACGAGGGGGUUUUCAGGGCAGCACAAGAGGGGGCGGCCAGCGGGCCAGGGGGGUUGCUGGUGACCAGAGUUGGCGGUGCCAUUGCGUCCACUAAUAAAGUUGGUGGUGGCAGCAGAAAAAGAAGUCGUUGGAUUGUUAAAGUAGAUAAAUGGACGGGCGAGGAGCAUGUUUUCAGGGUCACUGCACCACCGUCUAAAGAGAUUAACGCUUAGUCAGGCCAAGUUUGGCCUGCGGCAAUAAGUUGGACAAAAUCUC